UUUGAUCUGGUGAGAGCAACAAAACAAAACCUCCGGCUGCUGCUCUAGCGCGUGUGAGAAUAAUAUUCUGCUAUUCCUAUCGGUUCGUCCUUUUUCGCUACUGCUCCUGCCUGUCGUGAAGUUCGGGAGAAUACCUAUUUUUGCUCUUCCCCUGGAUCGGUUCGCGACCGAGAAUACCGUGUUCAGAAUACAAAAAUCCCUCGACGGUCAGUCAGUCAUCUUUCGGAAACGGGACCCGCGUGAGUUUUGCUGGCGUGUAGUCGUGUUUGGUCGUGCGGCCGUGAAUUCCUGUGGAUGGUGGAUAAUCUGGUGUUUCCAAUAAUAAUAUUGUCCGGUGAGGUGCUCGUUUCUUGUGUGCGUGUGCCAGAAGCAAACACGAUACCGAUCGGUCGGGCAUUUCGCAGAGGCGUGACAGGUUUUCGAGUUCCAAUGUGAUUUUUUUUUGUGUGGUGUACGGCAGCAGAGUGUUGAAUUUUGUUUUAGGGAAAUUGUCUUGAAUUGGAAUUGCAGGCGAAGUGAUUGUAAAAUCGUUGAAAAAUAUCGAUACCUAUUUUUUGUUGGGCUAAGGUAAAAGUGAGCGAGCUUUGGUGCGAUCGUUAAAAAUUAUUGAUGCAUUUGUGAAGGCAAUAUUUGGGAAUAAAACCGUGGAAUUCAGCCCGUGCGGUUCAGAUUGGUGUUUGGGAGAAGUUCUAAUAAGAAUCCUAGAAAGAGAAAGCGGGAGAAGUGUGUGUCCACGUUUUGGUGAGAACCCGUCGCGUUUCAGCCGUUUAAGGAGAAAAAAAGUCCGGUGCAGCGGUUCAAUUUUAGGCUAAAUCCAGUGCGUGUGAUAGUAUCCUAGGUGUUUUUUUUGUGGUUCCUUGUCGGUGUUCCGUAUCUGUGACGAAGGGUACGAAAAUGGCGCCUGGUGUCUGCGUUCGCCAAUGUCAAAUGUUACUGAAGCUUGACCUGUCCCGUUGUGGAUUAAAAACACUCGCUGCCAACUUUCAUCAACUGCGGCACCAACAACAGCAAUACCAGCAGACUGCGUUUCGGAUCGUAGUAGCCACGGAUCCAUGGUACCGAAUAGCGAAAGGAUAUUGCACCAAAAGCACAGCAGGCGAACAAAGCUCCAGCAGUAAUCAAUGUGAAGACGUGACCGUCAAGUACGUGAGAGGCCUGCCGCACAUCACCGUUCCACUGCCAAGCCGAAACGAACGGUGCCAGUUCACGUUACGACCGGUGACACACAGUGUAGGGAACUUUCUGGAAAUGCUGAAGCUCGAGGACCGCGGUGUGGACCGGGCGGCGAUACUCAAUCGGGACGGAAUCCGGAUAGCGGCAUCCUGUUCGAUCGAGACGCUGAUGGACGAUGAGUUUUGGUUACACAUAAACGACCGACAAUACUACGUGAAACCACCGAGACGGGAAAAAAUUACCUCAGAAGAACUCACCAGACUAGGCGACGUGCAGGCACUGGUGGCACAGCUUUACGAAGCUCUAAACGUAAGCGAGCACCAGAUUAAGAAGGAACGAGACCUAACCAGCAAGCUGGAGGAACUGAAUGAAAAACUAGGACCGCUGGAAGCUAAAAAGCAGGAGCUUGAUCAGAAAGCGGCCCGACGAACCAGUGCUCUAACUUGGAUCGGGCUGGGGUUGAUGUCGGUGCAGUUUGGUGUUUUAGCACGGUUGACCUGGUGGGAGUACUCCUGGGAUAUCAUGGAACCGGUGACCUACUUUGUCACGUACGGCACUGCCAUGGCUGCCUACGCGUACUUCGUGUUGACCAAGCAGGAAUACAUCCUACCGGACGUGAAAGAUCGUCAGCAUCUUAUCACACUGCACAAGGCGGCCAAGAAGGCCGGUGUCAACAUAGCCGAGUACAACGACAUCAAGCGAAAGAUUGCCGAAAUUGAGCACGACCUGCGCCGACUACGGGAUCCGCUGUAUAUGCACUUGCCAGCACCGCCACCGAAAUCGUCGACCUACAGUGCCACCGAAAUUGCAACGUCCAAAAAGAUGCUACAGGAAGCCCUGGAGAAAGCCAAAGGCACCGUUAACAAGCAGGCGGUAGCGAAACUAAGCUCCCUGCUCGAGACCACCGGGAAUCCAUUCAGGAGUAAGAAAUAAGAGUUCCUGAACCGCUGACGGCCUUCGCUCGUCCGAUCGCCCUUCGUCGUUGAGAACGCCUACCCUUCAUACGCGUGUUAGUGUUUCGGUUUUCGUUCCUUUCUUCUUCUCUCUCUCUUUCUCUCGAAAGUGUUCCUGUUGAAUUGUUAAAUUUUUCCCCGGUUUCUGUCCAAUUUCAUACUACUACGAAAAAUAGUUACAAAGAUACACAAACGAAACACUAACCACAAUGGCAACAAUGAUAAAUCGUUGUUGUGCUUGGUGGAGGAAAAAUAUCGCACGAAAUUAGUCACCGACAAAAACAGAUCACAAUCAUCAAUCCAACCAUUAAAGGGGGUGUAACUUCAAUCAAUCUACAUCUACCGACCAGAAGCAACAACACAAGACAAUGUAACGAAUAAGCACAACAACCCACACGCGGGUAGGAUAACGUUUAAAACCAAAACUAUUAUUUUUUUUACUAUGUAGGAUACUAACAAAAUUACCGAACGAAGCGCAUUUUCCAGGAAAAAAAAUAGAAAACGCUAAUUAUUAACUAGUUUAGUUAGCUUGUUUAUUAUAAUUGCCUGUUUGAAUCAAAAGCAAAAGUGAUUGUAAAGAGUGCUUUCGGAUUUGUUUCUCGAAAUUUUUGACAUAGGUUAGAUUUUAGGACGCAAUGCGGCUAAAAACAUCGCAUUUUGUUCUGCACACGGCCAGUGGCGAUAGAUUUUAAAGUGCUUCCAGACAUCAGAUUAGAGCUUAAGUUGUGUAAUACAUUUUGAUUGGUUGAAAUAUGUUGACGAUUUAUGGGUUGGAAAGUGUAACAUCGUACAAACAUCUGUCUUUCCUCAAGGUAUAAACCACAUAUCGGUAAGCGUUUGUUUGUUUGUUUUUCUCGAAAAACGGUAAAGCGUUUGCCUCGUCAUAGCUUAGCCUGAACAUAAAACAUCGGUUUGUGUCUCGGCUUCGGACGGUGAGUGCUUUCACGAUUGUAGCUUUUAUAGUUUGUGCUCUUGAAAGUUAGACUGAUUUCUCUAACACAAUUUGACCACAAACUAUUUAAAAGUUUCAUUUAUCUAUUUUAUUUUAUCAUCCAAUGAGAACCUAAAGUUGUAGUCGAGAACGAACAUACUCAAAACAGAUUCAAUGGAAAACAAUGACCUUUCUAGGGCAUGACCAUACUUGAGAUUUUUGACUUAUAUUUCCUAUAAUUUUACACAAAUUUCAAAUUUUUGGUUCGAAAUCUAUAGUAUUUAUUUAAAAAUUAUCGACUGUUCUUCAAUAUCAAGCAAAAUGUAAGUGAAUUCACCAGAAUAUCUCAAACCGUAAUACUUCGGCAGAUCAAGUGAAUCAAGUUUUACUGGGUCUGUUGGGAUGUAGGGGCCGAUUAUAGUAUUUCAAUCUCAAUUUGCGUAGCGUGAGUAACUCAUGUCGUUUGCGCUUGAUAAAGCUGGAACUGACCCAGGAUAGCUUCGUCGAACGAAUCUAUAAACGGGGAUUUCUAAAUUCGCAACUAGAAAAGGGGGUUUGAGCUAAUUCGAUUUAAGAAUCAGGUUCGAAACUGAUUUGAAUUUCAGUUUAACGGCGUUGGAACUAGAUUUCAAGCUGGCUUCGAACAAUCAGUUUGACAACAGUUAGGGAGGCAAUUAGGUUAAGUAUGGCUACAAGGAAAAAACUACAUCAGGUGUUGGAAAAUUACCAAAAGCAAGCCAUGUAUCAGCGUUUAACAAGAAGCUUGCACUCUCAUCAGCCGCUACUGAAUUUUGGAUCAAAACUAGAUAGUUCCCCUUGUUGAUUCCAACGAUUGAAAAAAAAUUUAUUAUCAAUUUGUCUGCAAACAAUCGAAGCUUCAAAAGUCUGUAAACAGUCUAGUUGAAAAAAGGUUUACAUGUUAACUAAGAAAUUUGAUAAUUUACAGACAAAUUUGCAGAGUUGGCAUCUCUGCAUAUCACUGACAAUGUUUCGCCAUUUGUCGAAAAAAAUGGGGUGCCGAUAACCGAAAUCGGUAGACAUUUUGAAAAUGACGAAAAAAAACUUUGGUUGCGUAAAUGUUGAUAGCAUCCGCUAUUAGAUCACGAAAUAGAUCGAUUUCACCUCAUAAAUAUUCAAUUCAUUCAAAUUUUCGAUUGAUGCUUUUCAAUUUAUGAUAGUACAAAAAAAGUCAUAAAAAUCGCAAUUAAAAUUUGUUUUGAGCGUAGCAAAAAGUACAAGCGUCUGUUUGCUUUGGUAUUCGGCACUAAAAGAACGUGGUGCUAUUACACAAACACAUGACGUCGGAAUGACGCUGUCUGCUUUCUGUCAAAAGUUACGGGGGGUGCCGGCAACCGAACAUCUUCCCCUAAUUAUAUUUCGUUGGUAACGAACUAUUGAUGGGAAUGCAGUACCUUUUUUAUGUAACAAUCGUUCACUUUUCAGAGGUCGCUAAUAUGUACAAUUUCUACUGGAAGCUUAAAAACUACGAUCGUUUCUAAAUGUAAAGUUAUUACUACAUUUUCUUCAAUCUUUUCUAUUUCUUUUGUAAAGAUUAGAGAACUAUCGUUCUUCAACAAAGAACUGUUGUUCAUUCAUUCUUCCAGAAGAACUUGUUCUUUUGAAUUGUUCGUGAACGGAUUGCCCAUCUCUAAUCGAAACCUACUCAAAAUUAACUAAAAUGCCUCUUCGAAACUUUUCAAGUAACUAGUAUUUUACAUACACCAGACUUAUGAGCGAUGACCUCAAUGUGGCAACUUUGGCAAUGCUCGUUACCAUUUUUUUCACGCUUAAACCAAAGUUUGAGUAGAUAACGGAUUCAGUUACUAACCACUCUGAAUUCAGAAAGAGUAAUCGGUUAUUUACCCAAAAUUUGGAUGAUAGCUAAUUUUAAUUUCCUACCUAAUAUUGGGUAGCUCAUAGAAGAGCUCGACAAUGAGCGAUUUCUUCUAAAAAAAAUGAAAAUCGAUUUUCAGUGCGGGUUUCAACACAAAAAUUUGAUAGAAUUUAUCUGACAGUUCCCAAACAUCUGUUCACCACGAUGGCGUGUCUAGCUCCCUCAGAUAUUUACUCAUUUUGCCACAGGGAAGUGUGUUAGGUCCUAUUUUCUAGAUUUUGUAUAUCAAUGUCAUUGCAGCUAAGGAUUUUCUAGCUCUAGCUAUUCUGUGGUUGAAAUUUGGGCUACUAAGGCUGUGAACCAUUUCGCGAUUAAUUUUAACUUUUGGUUGAAAUCUGACACUUGAGUGGUUAUUUUGUGUCGAGUAGUUAAAUUUAACUAAAACUGCGGCCCAUUUCAAAUUUUGACGACCAGAAAGUUAUUUGGGUUUAUUUUCCACUGGAAAUAAUUUCAACUAAUAAAUUAAUAUUAGAAUUUUCACUGCAAGAUUUUUUUCAGUGUCGCAAAAUAACCAUCGAUCUGUCAAAUAUUGCCAUGCUCUCGAGCAGGGUUAUUUUUGACAACAUCAAAUUAACCGCUCGAGUGUCAGAUUUCAACCAAAAGCUAAAAUUAAUCACGAACUGGUUCACAGCCUAAAACUGAAAGUCGUCAAGACUAAUAUUUUUUUCAAGAAAGUUCGGACAUGACGUCAAUGUUGAAACUGACAAUUGAAUUCCUUAACUGAUCAAUAGCAUACAUUCGAGUCUUUUAAUAACAUCAUCAAACAAAUUAUCAGAGUGGAUGUUUAACUUUUCAGUCGAUUUUCUAACAUGAAAUUUGUCAAUAUUCCAUUAAAUUGCUUUUAGUGAUGGCAUAUGUGAGUUUUUAUAAAUACAAUCCAGGGAAUUGUCAUAUCAUUGAGGUCUAUUCUCAGCUUUUCGAUCUGUUUCAGUACCGUCCAUAGUUCAUGUCAGCACUGAACCGGACAAGAAUUGAAAUGGUGCACAUGUGCAGAACUGAGCCGGUACUGCUCACUUGUACAAGACGGAUAGAUAUCCCCCCAAAAUGACUGACUGUGUCUGCCGGAGUCUGUCAACAAUGCAGCAAUCGUUUCCGUGAGAGAAUUAAGCUAAUCGAUUGUGAACCUAUCUGUUCCAGACGGGUUUUUUCCGAACAAUGAAUGACAGAAUCGCUUUGACAUUUUCUGUUAUUUGAUUAUUUGCCGUCGGAGUCUAUGAAGAGCGAUUUAACUGCUUCUGCACUUCCAAGUAGGAUCUACAAACCUUAAGAACAAAUUAAGCAGCUAGAAGUUCUAUACGGAUGAUCUAUAAUAGAGCAGAAACUGGAACAAACGUAUACCCAGCAAGCCGUUCUAGUUUUAUUUAUUCGACCAGUUUUUCUGUCAAAUUUAAAACUGGUAUACGCUGCCGUUCUAUUUUUUCUAUAUUUGAAACACGAGUAAAACGCUGCUGCCUACAUUAUCGAAAUGACGAAAUGAGCAAUGAAUUCUUACUCGACUGCAUGAUUUUUCAGUGCUCGAUCGGUUCAGUGCUAGAAUUUUCGCCUGAGUUGGCUGCUCGAUCAACCCGAUUGACAGUGACAUUAUAAAUGUCAUUGAAUAUUCGCUCAUUUUAUGAAUGUGUUAGUGUAAAAUUUAGGCGCCUUAAGCCAUUUCACUACACUCCAGCUAGAGAAAUGGAUGAUGCUGACUAAGGUAGGCCGUUUUGUUAAUUUCCAGCGAAUUUCAACAGUUUAUGUUGGAAUUCUAAGAAGAACUGGUUAUUUACUAGUUCUGUAUAUCCGAAAAACAUGAAGAUUUAAAUUUGUAUAUUCAGUUAUGUAAUGUUUGCAUUUGAAAAUAAAUUGAAAAUCAGCAAGAAAACGUACAAAAUCGGAAAAGAAGAGGAAGAAGACGAAUUGACAAUUCAGUCCGAAUCUUCUCACUCAAUUCCGGCAGAUUUCCGAAUCAACCGGUUGUAGGCGAAAUUCAUUCGGAAUCGGUUGUUGCACUAGAGUUGGAAUUGAUUCGGAAUUCCACAUGAUUUUAAAUUUAAAAAACGACAUCAAUUAUGCAUCUAGAACUAGAACGCUACUGAACAUGCUCUUAUAUCUCAAACAGUCGAACAAAUACAAGUAGUAAAAAAUACAUGAGGCCAAUUAGAAGAAACAGAGAAAUGGCGAGUUUGCAAGACAUGUCCUCCCAGAUGUCAUGACACGAUUUUGUUUGGAUUGUUUUGACAGCUCCCAAAACAGGCAUUGUGCUCGAUAAGAAACAGUCCAUUGAGGCAAAAUUCGAACGAUUAUCUUUAAUUCUAAGGGGUAGAUUCGGAGCCAAAUGAAGAACACGCUUUUGAAAUGGAAUUCCAACUUCCCUACUGCAGUCGAUACUUAACGGUUCACGUUUACCGGAAUUACGUAUUAUGUAGAUUUACUAUUUAUAUCAGAUUAUGAAUCUCAUAGAACUUUUCCCGUUGCAACUACAGAUGUCUCCACCCAGGCAAUGCUCGAUGCUGACUUUCCCUCUGAAUGGUUCGUCUAAAGUCGGCUCGACGCACUUUGAAUAGUAGAAAUUAAAUGCAAUUGUAUUUUUUUAGUUUAUGUUUAGGACAAACCUUUUGGAACGACCAGUCAGAAUACAGUGAAAGCAUUUUGAAGAAAUAGUAUCUACUUCAGUUUAUGUGUAACGUGGAUUGUUUUAAAGCUCUGUUUAAUUUAGGCAUUGUUAGAACAAGCACUAAUACGUAGAUAUAUACAGUUUUCGUUACCAACAUUUUUUUUUCAACAUUAUUGUAUUGAUAGUUGCGUAAAUAAACUUGUUUUAAUGUUUAUGUUAUUCGUUUCACUUAUUUCAUCUUUUUUAGCAUUCUGUUUUCUUUUGUUAUUUACGUGUUUUUUUUCACUCGAUUCUCUUUGUCUAUAUUUAGCCAAAAUCAUAGCAUCAUCAAAGAGAGACAGAGACAGAGACAUCCAAGCUUAAAUAAAUUUUUUUCAAAGCAGUAUCGCAGUAAACUCGUCUAGAAUUUGAUUCGGAAUGAUUUUCGAAUGGAUUCCGAAUCAGAUGCAACAAACAUUUAUAACCCCAACACGGGACCAGUAGAAAAGCAAUAUUGAAACAGUUUUGUUGGAACUUCUACUGGUUCUCACAGGAGGAGCAGAUAGCUUUCGAUAUAUUUAGGCUGUAAACCAUUUCGCGGUUAAUUUUAACUUUUGGUUGAAAUCUGACACUUAAGGUGUUAUUUUGUGUCGAGUAGUUAAAUUUAACUAAAACUGCGGCCCAUUUCAGUUUUUGACGGACGAAAAGUUAUUUGGGUGUUUUUCCACUGGAAAUAAUUUCAACUAAAGAAUUAUUAUUAGAAUAUUUAUUUGCAAGUGAAAAUUAGGUUUUACCUUCAUAUAGAAAGAAAAUUUAUUGUUAUUCUACUUGAAGUGGAAGUAUUGUACAGGUAUGUAGUGUUGGCACAGAGAACAGACAUCCAAGCUAGUACAAACUUUGUCAAAUAUGCUGUGUGAAGCAUACAAGUAAAAAUGCGUCAAAAACCGCCGUUGCGCACGACUUUGCACGCAUGAAUUGUAUUGUAUGAAAGCUCGAACGCAAGAGCUCAUAAGGGAGUACUGGGCUGCUUGAAGCGCCUCUACAGGAGAAUUGCUACUUGGUGAUUGCUUUUUAAAACAGUCGUUAAAUUACACAAAUUGACAUCUCUACUUGGAUGUCUGUUCUCCGUGGUGUUAGUUUGAAAAAAAGUGGAAAAAAUUUCGGAAAUUCUCCACGAAAAUUAGUCCAACGGGGCUCCAACUCCUCAUAUUAAAAAUAGCUCAAAAUCGACAAACGAAGGUCCCGUGUUGACCCCCCGUUGAACGAUUGAUUGGACGUUCAUUGGAUCAAUGAUCCAACGUAUUGGACCAACGAACGACCACCGUUGAACUUUUUUUUUCUAUGAGGGAUCUUUUUAAAAUUAUUCAUUGCAAUUAGUUCUAACUUUAAUUUGUUUUAUAUUCCUAUCAAUGUGAAAAAAAUAUAUGAGUAGGAGAGACCGGGGCAAAUAAGUAAACAAUUAUAGUCUAUCCAAACACUAACGUUUCUCGAUCAACAAGACAAAAAGGGGAAAUGGAAGAAUGACGAGUUAGCAAUAUAAACACAAUGUAAAAAAUGACACAAUUCUACCUGUGUUAUUAUGACAGCUACAGGAAUCCAGUUCCUGCCAACUGUCCGAAUUGUUCGCAAGCGAAAAUACAUGAACCGGUGACGUAAUGCGCCGUUUCAGAUUGCGUUUGUAAUUUUCUCACAAAAUUAAGUAUGACACUCGGAAUCGAUGCAUUUAAACAUCGGAACGAAACAUGGCUCAGAAUCCUAUUGCAGAGUUAUAUAUGAUGUUUUCGAGUAUGUCCUUUACAAGUUAUUAAGCAUUUCCGUCUUUAAAUAUUUAAAAUAAAACUUUGUGCUCGGUGAUUACAACCGGACGAAGGACAAGGAAAACAGUUUUCUUUUCUAUCCGAGGUACGAGUAUUCUGCAAGUACGUAGUCUCUAUUUAAGAAUGUAAAUGAAGAGAAAUUUUCUAAAUACUUCCGUAAAAUUAGUCCGAUUGGUAAGUGUUGUCGAAAAUUGCUCACUAUACAAUAACCUGUAAAGUUCCGCAAAGGAACCUGACACAUUUUGUUCUCCGGUUGCACUGGAACCAGACAAGGGAGAGAGUGGAACCGAUCACAGCAUCGGAAAGUAGAAGAAUCAAGGUUUACUUUCCUCUAGUAGUUUUCCAUCAUGGAGCACUGUAAUGUAAUGUAUUCAAUGUUGAACGAGUUUGAUCCGCGCCUUUGGCUGCUCUUCAAAUUUCUCAUCGUUCUCUCCAUCGAAAAUAAACUUUUCUUUUUCUACUUUCCGAUGUCAUGUUCGGUUUCUUCCUCCUUCGUUUGGUUCCAGUGUGACCGGAGAACAAAAUGUGUCAGGUUCCUUUACGUAGCCCUGUAGGUUAUUGCACUUUAAGCAUUUUUCGACAGCUCAAUCGGUUUAACAAAUUCAGCAGACAAAGGUCUAUUCUUAGAAUUUGGAAAAAAUUGUGCAUGCAGGAAAAAAUCGGAAACGACGACUCUCUCGCUUGAUUAUGUUGCUCCAGCGAAGUUCACUGUGCACCAAUGGUGUGUAGAUUGUCAUGCGAUAUAAUAAUAACUCAUAUUUGUACGAAAUCCACUCCCUUGUAACGUUCAGUGUCAAACCCAUUGAUUCCUAAACAUACAUUAUCAACUUAAAACGCAUACAGAAAAUGAUAAUUCCAUCGUUAUGUACUUCGAUAGUGGAGGAAAUAUGUAUAAAGUAACAUGAUUCUAUCAGUUGAUGUAUAGAAAAUGGCAGUUCAACUGACGUCGCAACGCUGGACUGUCCAGCGAAUUGCAGAUUAGUGCUGCAGCGACAAUAUGAGAUACCAGAGCACCGUCGGACUAAUUGAAACGAAAGGAUUUUGAAAGUUUCUCUGCAAUUACAUCUACAGUCUUCAUUUAGGCUACGUACUCACAGAAAACUAGUAUCUCGAAUAGAAAACAAAAAAAAAUAUUUUCAUCUGUAGGAAAAGUACCAGUUUCACUUAUCGAUCAGGGGAAAUCCCACAAUAACGAACCGUUCCAAUAUACUGAACACAAACACGAUAGUUACGACUUACUUUACUAUGGGGUGCCUUUUUAAAAUUUUCCCUCUGAGAGAGUGAUAAGUUUUUGAUCGUGAAUAUCUCUUGUUGUAUCUAACGAAUCAACAUAAUUUUUGCUACAUGCCAUCGGAAAUAUGAUCACAAUUUUAUGAUAAAAUUUUCAGUUGUGUGACAUAAUCUCAAAUAAUUCAAAAUUAAACUUUUCUGAAAUGUUUGGUAUAAACGAGUAUCAAAGAGGAUAAUUCAUAAGACGUGUUUGCCUUUACUCGUAUUUUUAAAGCUCAUAGUCAACUUAAAUGUGUAUAGCAAAAGCAUUGAAUGAAUUCCACAAUUUGGUCCUUCUGAAAGGCAGGAGUGAAUCCGGUACAGCAUCCUGAUAGUUUCUUUCAAUGAAAUGCAAAUCCGAAAUGAAAUAAUCGAAAUUAAAAUUCUAUAUGCUGCUAUUUUUAUAGCCGUUAGGACCGCCCAUUAGUGAAAAAGCUACAGACGAAAUCACGUAAAAACAAAUCUCUUAACAAAAAUUGGAUCAGUUUGGAUUCUAUCGCUACUGCGAGCAGAUGUAUUUUGUGUCGUUUGCAAAGCUAGUUUCGCUUCCGACAAGAGCGAUUACGUCACAGCUACCAGUCAUUUGCAUUGGUGAAAAAACAACGGUAGACAGGAUCACACAAAAUCAGCCGUUCUAAUGGUUCUAAAAGUUUUCUAAGGAACUACUAAGAUCUCUUGCUCGCAAAUCGAAGGUAAAUAUCCUCAGUUUAGUGCAAAUCUAGAACUGUUUGAUUUGAUUUGUGCAUUUUUCGCUGUGUGAAAUUCACAGUAAUCGAGAUUAAGUAUAGCCUACUUUGUUUUUGCGAAAAAUGUGAAAAAGGGGAAUGCUUGCAUAAUUCAUACAAUUGAUCAACUAAUUGAUAUUCGGAAGUGUUAAGGAACAUGUCAGUUGUUUUUGUAUUCACGACAUCCAGUUAUGUCUCUGACAUUACCAACCCGCCUUUUUUUCUAUAAUAUUUUUUUUCGGGUAUCUCAACACGGAAUCUAUACGGAAACAACUUUUAUUGAGUAUUUCUCUACAGGUAUGUGCAAAUCAAAGUUUGCACCAAAUGAAUUUUCUCGGAAUGGUUUUGUUAGAGUAGUUCUAAAUAAUACACUUUGCAUCAAUUUAAAAACACACAUCCCUCGGUUCGAUUCCUGUCGGAUUUUCGCUAGACAAGGCUGACAGAACAAUUUUGAAUCGGUUCCACAAAUCCGGGGCUUUUUCGGUUUAAAUAUAUGUAUUUACAUUACAUCCAUUUGCAUCCAUGGAUUAGAUGGUUUAUACUCUACUAAUUACUACCAAAAUAUCAAUUUUCAUGCAACUAGAAUGUAGAAAUUUUGACAGUUUCAAGAUUCUUUUAUGAAUGUUGGUGCACGCAUAGUUGAUAAAGUAUCUAUGACGGAAAUUAAAUGAAACGAGAGAAGAAAUUGAAGAAAGGUGAAUUUGCAAUGCAUGGGCAUUUCGGCUAUUUUGACAAUUGUCAGAGUCUAGCCUGGUGUCUGUCGGUUGACGAAAUUCCUCCCUAUGAUUUCAUUCCUCGGGAACCCUAUAAACAAAAUAACCCGAUCUUAAGAGGAAAUUUCGGUAUAGUAGAAUUCGAUAGAAUGUGAUUAUUAUAUUCAAUCGUCAUGUGACUUUUCGAUUUUUUCUAUACUGUUUGAAUUACAUUGACACUGGUAUGAUGGUUUGGAUCACUGACUGCUAUUCAUUCGUAUCACUUUAUUGUUGGCUGGAUUAAUUUUUAAUUUGUUUUCCUAAUUUAGAUAGGAAGAGCUAUUGUUGAAGAAUAUGUACAAAUUAAAUGAUACAUAUAGGUUAUCUAUCAGCACUAGGCCUGUGAGACAGUAUUGAAAACUAAUGCCGUGGAGCUAUUAACGAAACCCAGUUAACGAAUGACGUUUGCAUUCGCAAGAUAUAACUACAGAGAUAGGUAAAAUUACUAGCGCUAUCGAAAAAAAACAUUCUACUCAUAACGAUAAGUAUUAUUGCAAUAUUGGCAUGCAACCAUUUUUAAAUGAUUAGCAAAAUGCUACUUUUAACCAUCUAUUCUAUGAAAACAUUCAUUACAAGCAAAAGCCAUUAAAAAUCCUCGAAAAAAAUUUGAUUUAGAAAAAAUCUAUCAAUAAAUAAUAUAGAAUCCCUUGUUAUUUCCAAUUGCCCUUUUAAUACUAUUCGAGCUUUAACGUACGAAUUACUCUAAUCAGGAUCUGCUCCAUCUGUUAAACAUAAAAGUGAGCAAGCUUUUCAUCUAACUCAAUCUUCGACGACUGGACGAGAAGAUAUAAAACUAAAUUUAAAUGCACUGAAAAAAAACAUGAGCUGGUUCCAACUCCGCUCACAUGAAAUCACUAACCAACACGUGCUUUUUUGACAUCCUUAGAUAUUCAUAUAAGCUACCCAAAACAAAUGAGUGAAAUGAAAAACCUUAAUCCCUUAAUCAACUGAAUCGUUAUGCCUCAUACAGUGCGGCUUUAAAAUGUGAAUGCUUGAACAUCCCUAGUCUUAAGCUCGUGUUCGAUUUUCCACAGAAAACCUGGUUCGGUUGCGUUGAUAUACCACUCACAAUUACCACUUACAAGUGCCAAGUACAUGAAAAUGAAAACGAGAGUAAACGAAAAUGCGUAGUGAAAACACAUCAAAACAUGCAAUGGUUGGAAUAAGCCCCCAACAACAAACGAGAAUUAUUUCCUUCAGUGUCCCUAAAUAUAAUGCAAAUAUAAACUAAUGAACCAAUCCAAACGGUGGCACAAAAAAAUGAUAAAAUACCAGGAAAUAAGCAUCAUGUCAGUUAAUUAUUCGAUCCGAAUGUAAAUUUUAAUACAACCAUAGACAAAAUUGAUUUAAAAAUGCAUUUAGUAGUGAACUUAACAAUGGAGAUAAUUUUUUUUUCGCAAUCCGUCACAAACCGAAACUACGGAAACGAAUGUAAGUCUAUAUAGUUGACAUUUCUCAACACAAAACUAUAAACCUGACGACAUUUCCUAUGUAGGUCGUAUGAAGUAGAAAAGCGUCAUUAAAACUGUGAAUUGGAAUAAACUGUUGUAGUCGGAAUUGUUCCAGAGAGUGAUCGAAUCAUCGCUGAAUUUAGAUAUGUGUUGUAAAUAUAUUUACAAUUUUAGAUCAAUGAGUUGUAUGUUAACCAUGUUUAGCGAUAGGCGAAUUAAAUUCAGCGGUCAAAGUAUUGUUUGGUUUGAAACUGUCAGAUAACAUACAAUUUGGUGCAAUCCGCGGCGCAAAUUUGGCAAACAGAAUCGAAAUUUCUGAGUUUAACUAUUUUACACAGUUAGCUAUUUUACACCUUAUAGUAAGUGCGACUUAUGUAAGUUUAGUAUUAUGCCGCUAGAACUGUAUUGAAUGAGAGUAAGAACAAUCCUUUACAGCUGCUGAAGCGAAAAUACAAUUGUGUUGUAAAACAAGCAAACCAGGUGAACGAUAAAGUAUUGAAAUAUAAACCAAAUUUAAUUGAAAUUGAUAAUUA